AUGAAUUUUGGUAGAAAGAAACGAGUCACCGAUCCGCUCGACGACGAAGCCAAAGCUCGACUCGUCGGCGGUAAUUUCCGGCAACUGAGUGGCAUUAGUAGCGGGAGCGAGCAUUCCGGUGACGGAGAAUUCACUUCUUCACCGUCUCUGUCUGAGCUUGUGCAUGAUUUCCUCGAGGAAGAUAAUGAAAACGAGUGUGACUCGGCGGAGAACGAUUUCGACUCGGAGCGAGUUGACUCGGUUUCGGAAUGCUUGGACUCGGUGGAGGAUCUUCUAAAAUUAAGAAGUGAAAAUGCUGAUGCUGACUCUUACCUGAGCAUGCUUCGCGUGCAUGUUUCUGAAGCUGCGGUUAAGUUUGCAUUUCUGAAGGAACAAAGCUUUUCAGUUUUUAAUCGAAACGUGAUGUCGUUUUUGCGUGAGAAGGGGCACAUUUCUGCGAUUUGUAAGACACGGUGGGAACCCUCCGGCGGAUUAACUGCCGGCAGCCACGAGUUUAUCGACGUGGUGUCUUCUGAAUCUUCCACGUGGCAGACUAGGUACUUCGUUGAGCUUGAUUUCGCCGGACAGUUUGAAAUUGCGAGGCCGACGAGUCGUUACACAGAGAUUAUGAGUUACGUUCCUGGAAUUUUCGUUGGAACAUCGGAGGAGCUUAAACGCACCGUUUUGGCCUUGUGUGGUGCGGUAAAACUGUGUUUAAGGAGCAGAGGGUUAUCGAUACCUCCUUGGAGAAAGAACCGGUACAUGCAAAAUAAGUGGUUUGGACCGUAUCGUAGAACUACGAACCCGGUUCAGGGGAAUCCGGCUCCAGGUGUUGCUCCUUCUUUCAGCUGUGCUAAAUGUAGAUUAGUUGGGUUCAACGACGCCGUUUCGGAGACUAGACGCAGCGUUUCAUUUGUCCGGACAAGAUAA